ACAACCUCAACUGUGAGUGAUAAAUAAAUACAUGAGGAGCAGCAUCUAUGGUUUUGGGCAUGAUUUUCUGAAAAAAUUUAAUAAGCCCAACAACUUAAGGAACAUUGGCCCAACAAAAACUGUUAUGUACAAACUACUACUUCAAUUUCCCCUAGUCCAAAAAAUUCCUAAAGAGAAAUUGCAUCCACUCAAAAGAAAAUGUAAGGUGAGGCGAGGAAGGCCCUUCUUUUCCAGUAAAUUAAUUCAUGAAGAAGCAAUUGCGGACAUGCCAAAUCAGCAUGCGAUUCAGCUGUUUCCACCACCACACGUAUAUAUCAUCUGCCAUAUCAAUGUUAUCACCUCACAUUCACAAAUUUACUACUUCAUCGUUGCACUCCAUAAUCUGCAGAUAUAUAGUAUAUUGUUGCAUGUUCACAACCAUAUCUCUACUACCUUUCUUCUUCUCUCCAAGAAAAUAGUAAUAAGUGUCUUCUUAGGCCAUUUUCAAUUUAUUAGAGAAAUAAUGGUUUGUGCUCUCUCCGGGGCUCGCUUCACUACUGUUCCCUGGAGCUGUCAUGCUGAUCACAGGAAAAAUCCCGGUUUCCCUUUCUUCUUCACUCCACACUUCCAGUUAUCAAGGAAGAUUUUUGCUGGAAAGUCUUCAUAUGGUUCUCAGAUCUCAUCUUUCACGGUUAUGGCAUCAGAGAAGGAGCUUAUGACUACAGAGGAUAAACGUUACAACUUCACACUGUUGCCUCAUACCAGUGAAAUUUGCAGCUAUCAUGGAAAAUUUACGCUGUUGAAUAAGCCAAUUGAGAAAAGUGUGAUAUCAUUACGUUGUGGAGUGCUAAAUGCUCCAUCACUUAAUUAUCUUAAACUCUUGAUGAUGUGUGGAUUGUUCACUCUUCAAAGUACUGAGCAAGCACUUGCCGGUACAGAUACUGCUAGCAGCCUGCAAUCCUUUUCCUUUUUAGGGGAUCUCAGCGAUAUUAGCACAGGUUUUGCUUCAGCAUUCUUGUUGAUAUUUUUUUCCGAACUUGGCGAUAAAACCUUCUUCAUUGCGGCACUUCUAGCUGCUAGGAACUCUGCUGCUGUCACUUUCGUUGGGACUUUUGGGGCACUAGCGGUAAUGACGAUUAUCUCUGUUAUUCUUGGACGAACUUUUCACUAUGUUGAUGAUAUCCUUCCAUUCAGAUUUGGGAAUGCAGAUUUGCCUAUUGAUGAUCUUGCUGCAGUUUGCCUCCUGGUAUAUUUUGGUGUUUCAUCCUUGCUUGAAGCCUCCUCCAGUGAUGGCCUAAAAGCAGAAGAAGAACAGAAGGAGGCAGAGCUGGCAGUUUCAGAACUUUCAGGAUCUGGUGCCGGUAUUCUGGCUGCUGCUAACACAGUGUUUAGCACGUUUCUGUUAGUUUUUGUCGCUGAAUGGGGUGAUAAGUCUUUUUUCUCUACGAUAGCACUUGCUGCGGCCUCGUCACCUCUUGGAGUCAUUGCAGGAGCACUCGCUGGUCAUGGAGUAGCAACAUUGCUUGCUGUUCUGGGUGGCUCUUUCCUGGGGACAUACCUCUCUGAGAAGGCAAUCGCGUACAUUGGUGGUACUCUGUUCCUUGUGUUUGCUGCAGUUACAUUAAUAGAGAUCGUGAGCUAGAGACGACCAAAAUUCUAUCUCCAGAGGGCGACUAAAUGUGAUUCAUAAUACUAGAAAGAGAUAGAAAGAGGCAGCAAGUAACUUUGAUGAAUUUUGUAAUGGUGUAGGAUAAAGGGGUUCAAUGUUUCCCACAUCCUAUAUAUUAGGAAUGUAAAGUUAGAGAGGCAUGAUGUGAAACAGUAGUAGAGUUGAUUUGAUUACUGAAAGGAGUUUGAAGGCAUUUCAUCUUAGUAAUA